UGGGUUCAGUACAGCAGCUGAGCUCUGCCUUUAAAGUUGCUACAAUGCGGUUCUCUGUGACUGAAUGUACCUUGGCUCCUUAAAGAUACAGACCAUUAGGAUUUGUGCAGUCUCAGGAGCUAUUCGUUUGGUUGUGCUUACACUUCAGAGUUCAUCUGACCUCCCUGGCUAAUAACUUCAGUACAGCCACGAGAGGAAUGUAAGUUGUCACUGGAGCUAUUUCGGCUAUGUACAGCUACUAAUGAUUGUAAUCACAGAACAGGAUCCGAAGCAGUUGCUUUGCUUCUUUUCAAGUGGGUUUUGCUAUGCCUUCCACUCGCUUACAGGAUUAGAAAGUAAGACAAAUGGCACAGCGGCUUCGCUUGCAUUUUGCAACCAGAAGGAGCAACACUGACCCUUUAUCGGAGACCUGCAGCAAUGGCGUGGAGAAAAACUUCAGCGUGUCCUCCCGGAGCCCUUCAGAGAGCAGAGGGCAGAGUUCGAUUCAAAUGAAGGUAACUCCAGGGCAGCUGGCUUUGCCUCCCUUGUCACCAGAGUUUGGAAAUUUACAGCGCUGCUCAUCUGUCUUUAUACCUAAGGUAAACAACAGCAAAAAGAGCACUUCUUUGCAAAUUUCCCUGCAGCCUCGCAAACUGAACGGAGAGCUGGAAAGUUGCAUCAGCCCUGCGGCUGUUCAUGAUGGCUGUUUUAUUCGUGCUUCAGGUGAUGGAAGAACUUGUUCAAACAGCAAACUUGUCAGCGAUGACACAGGUGCUAUUCCUCACUAUCCCGCUGCUGAUCAUGCUUCCUGUAAUGAAGGUGAGUUUGGAUCUUGUCUGACUGGUACCAGGAAUGAAGGCACCUCUUUCAGCUCUGGCGCAAAUGAAAGCAGCACAAGCAGUGGGGAUUCUGCGUCAUGUGCGAGCCCAAGCAUAGAUGGAGGUUCCUGCAGCAGCAGCACAACUAGCGAUGCGGGGUACUGCAGUGGUAGCAGUACAUUUUUCGAACCUGACAUCCCUGAACGCCCAGCAGGGCCUGAAAGGACUUUCACGAGACGAAAGGCCAAGGUACCGCUGAGGCGCUGCUCCUCCUUAGUCAUUUUCCCACGGAGCCCCUGUAACACGCCGCCAGCCUCUCCAGUUAGCCCUGGGCCUGCACCGAUGCGUGGUCCAUACCAAACCUCCCACCAGUUCUCACUGACUGCCGGCGAGUCUGCACAAGAGGACGAUCAGAUUGCAUCCAAAGGCUCCAUCGCAACAGCGCUCAGUGGCUUGCGGUUGUCUAAAAGCAGCUGUCCCACUGUGGAACUCAGGGACAUAAGGCCACUGCAUCUCAACACACCAGUGCCAGAUAAACCCAGGGAAACUGACAUUGGUCAGGACUGUACAGCUGUUUGUGACCGAUCAGAACGACACGCGAGCAUUUUGUUGCAUUUCUCUCGGCAACGGGCAGUUGCCCAGGAGAGCGUGAGGACAAUGACACAGGGGCAGCACAGCACUUCUGAGCAAGCUGUUCAAGGGCCGGGACUCGAAACUGAACCGCUGUGCCGCCACAUUAAACUCGUCCGAAGCACAUCGGCAUAUCUCCCAUUGCAGAGGAGUCCUGACUACCAAGUUGGCUUUAGGGCAGAAGACAAAAAGGAAGGAAACCAAGGUCGUCAUCAUGCUCUGCAGAGGAGCCUUUCCCUUGAGGUGCCAUAUCAACAUAUUUCAUGCCAUGUUUCCAAUCCCAGGAGACAUAAUUCGAAGACGGGACCCCCUCAUGUACACAUUCAUUUGUCUCCUGGGGCUGAAGGAAGGGUCUGUGGUUCCCUGAAGGAAAUAAACAGAAACUCAAAGGCUGACAAUGAUACAGGCAGCCCUGGCAAAAGGGACAAGACUCGGGAUGACUUUCUGGGCCAGGUGGAUGUGCCUUUACACCAAAUACCUAUGGAAAAUCCUAACAUUGAAAGGCCAUUCACAUUUAAGGAUUUUCUACUUCAUCCAAGAAGUCACAAGUCUAGAGUGAAAGGCCACCUCAGACUGAAGAUGACUUAUUUGCCUAAAAGCAAUGGUUCAGAAGAAGACAAUGCAGAACAAACUGAAGAAUUAGAUCCUGGGUGGGAGUUCUUGGACCAACAGGACAUGGCAGGCACAUGCCAGCAGCAGCUCCCUGCACUGCCCCCUGGCUGGGAGGAGCGGCAGGACAACCUUGGCAGGACUUACUAUGUCAACCAUGACACCAGGACAACACAGUGGCACAGACCCACCAUUCAAGACAGUCAGGCAGAGGAGGAGCAGAGACAGACAAUACACCUGGAAGCACAGCACGCCUUCACUGCCCGCCGUCAGAUCUCCGACCAUGUGGAGGGCCAUGACAGGAGGGAUUCACCUGACAGCUGGGAAAUAAUAACUGAAGAUGAGGCCACGAUCUAUAACAACCACAACCAACGCUCGCCACCCCCACCUCUCUCUCCCAUGGAGCAGCCCCUGUGUGACGUUCAGUCCCACCUGGCCGACGAGCUGGGCCGCAGUCUCCAGACCUCUGCGCAGGUAGCUGGUGACAGACGCAUGUCCCUCCCGCAUCAGAGCCAUUCCAGCAGGAGAGGAAGUUCACAGACUCCCACUCUCGAGGAGCAGCCCACACAGCCUGUGUUCAUGCCAACAUCAGCAGGGCUGCCGCCAGGUUGGGAAGAAAAGCAGGAUAGUAAAGGAAGGACAUACUAUGUGAAUCACAACAGCAGAACCACCACAUGGACUCGUCCUGUCAUUCAGACGACUACAGAAGCUGUGCAGGCCACCUCGUGUACCAGCCCCACAGUGUGCCAACCCCCACUACUGUCUCCAGAAACCUCUCCUCAGCAUGCUUCCAGUCAGAAGCCCCUUUAUGAGACUGGGUUCCUCCCUGCGGGCUGGGAAAUACGAAGUGCACCCAAUGGCCGACCCUUCUUCAUUGAUCACAAUACAAAGACCACCACAUGGGAAGAUCCAAGAUUGAAAAUCCCAGUCCAGAUGAGGAGGCGACUCUCUCUGGACCCUGCCGAUCUUGGACCGCUCCCGCCUGGUUGGGAAGAACGUGUUCACACUGAUGGCAGGAUAUUCUACAUAGAUCACAAUACAAAGGCUACACAGUGGGAAGAUCCUAGAUUGCUGAAUUCUGCUAUAACAGGGCCUGCUGUGCCUUAUUCCAGGGACUACAAACAGAAGUACGAGUACUUCAGAAAAAAGCUGAAGAAACCGGCUGAUAUUCCCAACCGCUUUGAGAUGAAGCUGCGGCGCGCCGCAGUCCUAGAGGACUCGUACCGGCGCAUCCUGUCGGUCAAGAGAGCCGACUUCCUGAAAGCCCGGCUGUGGAUCGAGUUCGAGAAUGAGAAAGGCCUGGAUUAUGGAGGAGUGGCCAGGGAAUGGUUCUUCCUCAUUUCCAAAGAAAUGUUCAACCCCUAUUACGGGCUGUUUGAAUAUUCUGCUACUGACAAUUAUACCUUGCAGAUCAACCCCAACUCAGGACUAUGCAAUGAGGAUCACUUGUCUUAUUUCAAGUUCAUUGGCCGUGUGGCUGGAAUGGCAGUGUACCAUGGCAAGCUGCUGGAUGCCUUCUUCAUCAGACCCUUCUAUAAAAUGAUGCUACAGAAGCCAAUAACACUGCAGGACAUGGAGUCAGUGGACAGCGAGUAUUUUAACUCCCUGAAGUGGAUUCUGGAGAAUGAUCCCACUGACCUCGACCUACGAUUUACUAUAGAUGAGGAGCUGUUUGGUCAGACUCAUCAGCAUGAGUUGAAACCUGGAGGGACUGACAUCGUUGUCACAAACAAGAACAAGAAAGAGUACAUCCACCUGGUGAUGCAGUGGAGGUUUGUAAACAGAGUACAGAAGCAGAUGUCUGCCUUUAAAGAGGGAUUUUAUGAGUUGAUACCCCUGGAUCUCAUCAAAAUAUUUGAUGAAAACGAGUUGGAGCUGCUGAUGUGUGGACUCGGUGAUGUUGACGUAAACGACUGGAGAGAAAAUACGAAAUACAAGAACGGCUACUGUGCCACACAGCCUGUCAUCCAGUGGUUCUGGAAGACGGUGUUGCUGAUGGACGCAGAGAAGCGAAUUCGCUUGCUGCAGUUUGUGACUGGCACGUCUCGACUGCCCAUGAACGGGUUUGCAGAGCUAUACGGAUCCAAUGGCCCACAGCUAUUCACCAUUGAGCAGUGGGGCACACCUGACAAGCUACCCAGAGCUCACACUUGCUUCAACCGCUUGGAUCUGCCUCCUUACGAGUCUUUUGAGGAGCUGAGGGAGAAACUUCACCUGGCAAUAGAAAAUGCACAGGGUUUUGACGGGGUUGACUAAGUUGUGAAGCAGGCUUCAGUGUGGGAGAGUGUCCACUGGAAUGCCUGAUAUUGUUGGGAGACCAUAGCGCUAAGUGACAGAUCAACAGGACGCUAUCCCUCUGGAAGGAGUAGACCUACAAAUGGCUAAAUAUAAUAUCUCAUUUUAAGACAGAAGGGGCUAUCUUGAAACCUUUAAAUGAAUUCCUUUAAUUGCUUAUUUCCUUUAUAUCUGUUAUAUUUUUGAGGCCACUCUAAACACGAUCUUGUUUAUGUCACUGAAUGUCAUUAAAGCUGACAAAACACUGUAUGUAAAUUGUAAGAAGUGAAUUGAAGAAAGUCACAUUUCUCACACUUGCCAAUGUUACUGGACAUGGGGGAGGCUGUGUUUACUGUGUGUAAAGCUCUUAUUUCAUGUUUACUUGUUCAGCAUUUAGAAUUUAAUGGCAUGGCGUUGUGCUGUUCAUUAUAAAGCAACAUAACUUUAUACUGCAGAUACUAUACCUUCUGACGUUUCCUCUCAUUGGGAGUACCAUUUGAAAUGAAGAAACACAGAGAGUCUUAGCAUUCUGCUUGGACAGUAUAUAAUAUGCUGCUCUUUAGAAAAUAAAUAAAUUCUUGCUGAGGAUGGUACACUACCACACGCAUUCCCACUGUUAGUCUUUUCACUCUAGUUGCCAAUGCUAGAUAUCAGAUUAGGAGCGUUGAUCUUUCAUAGUGUUGGUCUGGACACCAUGCAAUGUGUUGCGCUGGUCCCUUGUCAGAACCUAUCUGGUAAUAGACAUAUGCAGUGAACAUCAGCUUCACUAUUUGUCUCUUAGUUGCCCAAGUGUUUUUUAAGAAGCAGGACAUUCCAUUUCCUAAUUUGUGGGUCGGCCUUUUUGAUUUGGAGUGAACCUUAUGCCCCAUUUCAUUGGUGACCCAUUUUCUUUUACAUUUGAAUGUAGGCAUUAAUAGAUGAAUGUUGCAUAAUCCUCAACAGAACCAUGCAUUUUUCUUUUUUCCUACUAAGCUGUGUCAGGGGAGCAGAGAUAUUGGAUUCUACCCAUUCUUUGGUUCCUGAAGCCCACAGCUGAAAUGAUUUCCUUGCUCUUUCUUAAAAAAAUUAAUACCUGUUAUUUCCAUCUUUUAAAAUGUAAUCGUUACCCAUUAUAUUAUACAAAUCAUUCUGAGACAUCCUCUGAAUAAUUUGCAAUGAAAAUAUACGUUUACAAGUGUCUUAUGUGUUUACAAACUGCUAGAAAUCUUACACUUUCUAAUAUUUUAAAAGUUCUUUUUAGUGACUUCUUAUAGAAUAAAAGAGCACUUUUGUUUCAGUUAUUAGAUAUGUUUGUAAAUGGUCUUAAAAUUACUGUAAAAUUCUUAAGCCUUUAUGAACAGACUUGUAAAGUGUAACUUAUAAUUGAAAAAUGUCCUGCUUUUAAGUAGUCUAUAUUUGACUGUUGAGUAAAUGUUUACAUGUAAACAUUGUUGAGUAUAAGCACAUAUUUCUUUCAUUGGUAAUUUACCAGGUAUAAGACUGUUAAAUUGUAAUGCCUUUCUUCUCUGUAAUAUAUAUAAAAUAACACUUUGUUUAUCAGUUUGUAAUAUAUCAAAUAUAAACAUCUCUCUUCUUAAUCCUGAAGGAGAAAUAUUAUCUGAUGUGAAGAAAUGCUACUUAAUUACAGGUGUUAAAAUGUAAAUAUUUCAAAAACCAUUCAUUGCAUUGUAUUGUCAUUCUGACAAAACAUGUUACUGAAUGUGCAUUUUUUUAAGAAAAUAAGUUGUGGAACAAUCAUGUGUUCCAAUACCUUGUAUAAACUAUUUUAAAGCUGCACGCCAAAUUAAGAGGUGGCAUAUUUUGGAAAAUGAAUAAACUGAAGAAAUAC